GCUAAGUUAGCUAACAACACAGUAACACUACAUAUAUAUGUGCAAGGGGCAAGAGUAUUUCCAAUUGUUCAUAUCAUAUCUAGUCUCGUAAGCUCGUAUAUAUCUAGCUAUCCGGCCAGAACGACGAUGGCACGCCCCUUUCUUCCUCUCGUAUUACUAGCCAUCAUCGCGUCAAACGCCGGCCUCGCAGAGGCGGCGUGGUGGGACUGGCACGGCUGGCGCCACGUGUUCCGCGGCCGCUACCGCCGCGCGCCGCCGCAGCUCUCGUCAAUCCUGACGGAGAAGCUCUACGGGGCCAUGUUCCUGCACAAGGACGACGCCGCGUGCCCCGCCAAGGGCUUCUACUCCUACGCCGCCUUCCUCCGCGCCGCCGCCCGCUUCCCGGGCUUCGGCGCCUCGGCCGGCCACGACGACGCCGACACGCGCCGGCGUGAGGUGGCCGCGUUCCUGGCCCAGAUCUCCCAGGAGACCACCGGCGGCUGGGCCACGGCCCCCGACGGGCCGUACUCCUGGGGCCUCUGCUUCAAGGAGGAGCUGAACCCGCCCAGCAGCUACUGCGACGCCGCCGCCGCCACAAACACCCAAUGGGCCUGCGCCGCCAACAAAUCCUACCACGGCCGCGGGCCCAUGCAGCUCUCCUGGAACUACAACUACGGGCCGGCCGGGGAGGCGCUGGGCUUCGACGGGCUGGGGUCGCCGGAGACAGUGGCGGAGGACCCUGUGGUGGCGUUCGAGACGGCGCUGUGGUUCUGGAUGACGCCCAGGCCGCCCAAGCCGUCCUGCCACGACGUCAUGGCGGGGCUGUACGUGCCAGACGAGCGUGACGCGGCGGCGAACCGGACGGCCGGGUUCGGGCUCACCACCAACAUCAUCAACGGCGGGAUCGAGUGCAACGGCGGCGACGCGCGGGCGGACGGCAGGGUCGGCUUCUACCGCCGCUACGGGCGGAUCCUCGGCGUCCGCGAUCUCGGGCCCAACUUGGACUGUGCUCACCAACUGCCAUACUGAUCGUAAUAUGAGUACCUGCUAGCUAGUUAGUGCAUGUAUUUUUUUGCCGAAAUCAAGGUAGGAGGACGUCCUGCCUCGCCCCAUCGGGAGCUCCGUCCAUUGUCCUGAUUCCUCCCAACUUUUUGGUUCUAGCACGUUAAUUUUUUUUUCGUCUUGAAAGUGUCCUCAUUUUUUGACUACUCGAUCGAUCCUAUGGACCCCUCUUCCAAGUACCAACCAUGGCAAAGGACGGCAGAAACUCAAAUUUGGACGAAUUAUAAAGUAUAAAAGGUUGAUGCAAAAAA